AUGCGUAUCGGUCCUGCUGAGGCGUCAUCGUCAUCGGGUACCCCCAAUAGGGCACCGGAGCUAAGCGCAACGCAAGCUACCUUCCUAGCAGGUGCAGCCAUUCAGCAGGCGAGCCAUGCCUCAGGAGUAGCUCUAGAAGCGGCGUCCGCGGCACAGCACUAUGCGGAGCGUGAACAGUUCAUCACCCAGCAAGCGCGUGAGGCUGUUCAAAGCAUCGCGGCCCGAGCGGCGCAAGAACAACAGCAGCAAGCAGAACAAGUUGCUCAGUACGAAGAGUCACUCCGUGCUCAAGCAUCCAACAUAGCGAGUGCAGCACAAUGCGCACUGACCAACGCCCAACAAAGGGAAGAGGUCCUAAGGCUUCAGGCUAACCAAGCGUUGUCCUCAAUGGACGCAGAGGCUCAGCGAAGAAUUGCCGAGGCUUCCUCACAGGCACAGCAAGCCGAAUACGCGAGGGUCGAAGCCGAAAAUGCUAUGAAGGAUGCCAGAGAAAGGUGGAGGAUGUCGGAAAUUCGCAACACAGAGAUGUCCCGUGAGGUAGAGGCAUUGCGCGCUGAGCUUUCGACAGUUCGCGCUGAGACAUUGUCCCGCGUAAGCGCCUUAACGGAACAACUUAUGGUUGCUAGGGAUCAGGGUUUUGAGGUUUAUCCUCCUACCCCUCUUCCUAUGGGAACUCCAACAAUGUUUGUUCCCGACGAAGUCCCUCAAUCCUUUCCGCAGCCCGCCUUCUCGCCCGCGCAAAGCCCAAAUGCUACGGUUUCUCACCCAAUUGCCAUCCCUGUCGCUGCAGGUUCCGGGGCACAAACCCCGACUGCGUCUGCGCAACCAGAUGCCUUGCCCUUGCCCCGAGAGGGUGCAGCCAGCAGCGCACCGGGGAUUCAGGUAGCCAUGACACAAGAUGUUCAGGAAGCUACCUUGCCAAAUAGUGGUUUGGAACUUCGGGUUGACGAGCUUGCAAAGUUGGUAAAGGGAUUAGCUGAAGUUGUAAUGGCUCAAAAUGCAGCACCGCAAACCCAGCACAACGCAGGGGGUGCAGCUGGCCAGAGCGCACCAACACAAACUGGAGGAGCCCAAUCCUCUAGUGCGCCAGCCGAUAUCCCAUACCUUCACUUGCUUGGAAACCUGCAAGCUGCAGGAGGUGCAUCCGCUCCAGGACCUCCAGGUCCGCCGAGCACAAGCUCCUCAUCGUCCAGUUCGAAUGAUGAAGGGAAAGCUCUAAGCGCAUCAGCAUCGGCCGCAAAGUCGCCAGCAGAUGAAGAAGAAGAGGUCAUUAGGGUUAAAGCCAUUUCUGAUCUCACCUUCCCAAGUCCUCCUGAGAAUGCAGGACAGGCAAGAGGUUUCAUCAACCAGGCACUUGUUGCCAUAGGGCGCGUGCAGCGUUCUCCCGGCAAUGAAGUGUACAUCUGGGCUCAGGACUGUCUGACAAAGACGGACCAGGAGCUGAUCCGGGAUCAAAGGUUUCCUCGCCUUCAAAGAGAGAUUGCAGCCAAGCUACUUAAGGUUUGUAGAAAGGGCCGCUUUGGGCUCCUGUUUCAGCAGAUGGUCGAAAGAGAGCGCAUAGACACUGGUGGCAUGCCCAAUGGGCGCUGCAUGCUGCGCGCUAUCUUCAAGCAUUUUCAGCUGGAGCAUGACCGUAUAGGUAUGCUAGGCGAACGCAACCUCCUCAACAUUAGGCUUGCCGGGGAUGGUCCGCAUCAUCUUGAAGCAUUUCGCGACAAGUAUCAGUAUGUACUUGCCACCAUUCCCGUAGAUGAGCUUCCCAAAGAAAGCACAAUGUUCAAUCAUCUCAUAGAUGAGCUUGAUAAGAACAACGCGCUCAAGCCCAAAAUUGAGAAAGCUCGGGAAGCUAGGCCGGGGUCACACAGGAGAACCUGCAAGUGGCUGUGGAAUCGGGUCGACAUCGUUCUCGAGUUGCACCAGCAAAAGGUCAACAGGAACGAGUUCGAUAAGAACCUUCAGGGCAAACCCGAGGUUUUGACGUCGACGGGUACUCGCGGCGGUGGGAACAAGGGCGGCGAUGGGAACACCACACCUAGGUCCGAACAGGUCCGCCGUGCCAGUCAAAUGUCCGACGCUGAGAAGGCGAAGACCCCAUGCAUGUUUUAUGCGUAUGGUGCGUGCAAGGGCAGUCCGUGCCCCUUCCUCCAUGACGACAACAACAAUGACAACAAAGUCACGUGGCUUUGGGAUACCGCAGCCGGCAGGCAUCUCAUAGGCAGACAAGCUUUGUCCUCCAGGGCGCUCGCGUGCGUCCGCAAGACCGACACGCCUGUUGGUUUUGCAACUGGAGGCGGGGCGCGAGAAGGCACUCACAGCGUUGCGUUCGAGGGUAGCCGUAUCCUCCCAAGCGCCGAGCAGGUCUAUGUCCUCAAAGAGUGUCCUCCCGCAUUCUCUGUUGGAAAGGCCGUCCUCGACGAAGGCUCUCUCUUCGUUUGGGAUCCUAGGGAAAGCCAGCCGUACCUCGUGCCAAAGCAAGACGUACACAGGUGUAGGCUCAAAGUCCCUAGGAAGGCUAGGAUAAACGCCACAAGGGUUGUAGAGUACGUUCCUCAGUUUGACGAAGAGCUCAAGCCCACCGUUUACCCUUCCUCCUCCAGCCUAAGUCCUGUCGUUGCCUCCGCUUCUCCCGCUCCAGCGGAAGACGAUGCAGUGUCUAUCGGCGAGAUACCUCCUCCAGAGGGGUAUGAACCGACAGAGAUCGGAGAUAGCGACGAAGAUGCCCACAUUGUAGACGCAAAUGCACUUGCAGAAGAGACCAGAGAGCAGCUUUUUGGCAUAGGCGCUGAAGGUGAGUCAGCUGCCGAAGAACCAUCUCCCGACUUGCCUGAACACGCCAUUCAAGAUUUGCUAGCGCUUGAUGGCAGUGCAGACAUGUCAAAAGAAGUUGCCCGAGUCCGCGCCGAAGCAGGCCUCCCUCCGGAGCCUGCACCUGCAGAGGGCGCAGCCGUUGGCGCGCCACCUCAUGCACAGCCAGAAGAGCCUUCCCGUGAAGAGGCUCUCAGAACUGAGGCCACCUCUGCAAAGCACUUGCGCACUCACUUUCCAAAGAAUCCUUUCUGCAAAAUCUGCCAUGUCGCAAAGACGACCUCCAUGCGUAUCGCUCGCAAGCCGGAUGGGAAGGCUGAUGACCUGAUUGACGUUCCCACUGCUUCCUUUCAGCAACUUGCCACUGAUGACGUCAUCCUCGCGAAAGGAGACGACCAUCGAGGUAUAGGAACAGGGGGGGUUAAGUCACACCACGUCAUUAGGGAUGUCUUCUCAGGCGCUAGGAUUGCGUAUCCUAUGACGCGCCGUGGCGCACAGCAGCAUGCACGCAACUACCGCCACUUCAUGGGCCUCAAGGCCUCCGAGCUUGCACCCACCUGUCUCAUCAAAAUGGAUGAAGCAGGCGAGCUAAAGACAGCAGCCGAGGAAGUAGGCUUAAUCCCCGACACCUCUCUCCCUAAUAGGUGGCCGCACAACGCGGCGCUAGAGCGAGACGUGAGAGAAGAGAAAGAGUGUUGUAGAGCCAUUCACUUGCAAAGCGGUUUGCCCUAUGACUUUCACACUUACUCAUUCCCGUUCGCGUGCUUGUCCUUGUCCUUUGAUAGGACUGCAAACACCGGAACAGGUGUCACUCAGUGGGAAGCCUUGACAAAGGAACCCUUCUCAGGGAUGAGGCUUUGUUUUGGCCAGCUAGUUUGGUAUAGGACAAAACUUUCCAAGCUAACGUUAGAGCCCAACAUGUCACCAGCCUUGUUCCUUGGAUGGCGAAUUGAUGCUGGUAUGAGGUACCGCGGAGUCACUCGCGUACUCGAUUACCAUGCUUUCCGCAACAAGCGAGAAGUCAGCGUCAUUGAUGUUCCUGAACCUGAAUUGUUUGUCGAAGAGGGCGAGCCCAUCUUCCCUCUUGCAAAUGCCACGCGCAAGGCACUUGUGGACGGCACAGUCCUUGAAGGUCCUGCCGCGCGCUCUGCACUCCCAGACUUCCCCGUUCGCGAGGCAGUCAAGCAUAUCGAAGUUUGCCGCGAGCGUUUUGCCAAGCUGGUAAGCACAGAACGCGAGGAGGCACAGGCUAAGAAGGCAGUAAGCAAGGCGCAGGCUGUCGCUGAAAGCCUAGAGGUUCUUGGGGCCGACCCUAGCCUCGAGGCUGUCGCAGACAAUCUCCUUGAGGCAGCUGCUGAAAGCGCUGUGGCACCGCCAGCUUCAGAGGAACCUGCUCCCUCACCUGCCUCUGCGUCUUCACCUCCACUAAUCGUGGCCUCCGGCGCUGCGCUCCCUCCAAGUUCAGCUACAAGGACCGUGCUCACUGAAGCUACCUGCGGAUACCGUAGUGGCGUCCCAGUCUUCGGCAUGCCCGCUCCCUUGCCAUGCUUUGGAAAGCCGCGCGUCAAGAACAAAAGGCAUAGAAAACGAGCAGCUAAGGGAAGCAAGCUGACAACGUGUUUUGAAUACGCGUGUUCCGAGCACUCUAUGCUUGGAAGAGUUCAUGCCGAGCUUGGCGUCCCUCACGUGAGACUAAGCGAAAACACACUUAACGUCUCUGACCCCGUUGUGGCAGAACAGCUUCAUGUUCAGUUGAAGGCGUGCCCCAACUCGCAUUUGUGGGCCUCACUUCCCUGCACAUCAGGUUGUCCAUGGCACAGGGUCGGGCUUAGUCAGCACGGUGACACAUACCGCACCAAGCUUAGGCUAAAGGUCAAAGCUUCUCAGCGUUUGUUUUCUAAGUUUGCCUCCCACGCAGAAACUGCCCUUGCGUGUGGUGCAGACGUCACUUUCGAGUGGCCGCGCAACUCGGACUCGUGGAAGAGAGCCGAUGUCCAAGCUUUCUUUAAGAAGCACCCUUGUUUUCGAGAGGUUAACUUCGAUGGGUGUAGACUUGGGGUUGUAGGUCAAGAACAGCAGCCGGUCAAGAAGCCUUGGCGCUUAAUGACCACGUCAGAUGCAAUCGUAAAGUCCUUUUCUGGUCUCCAUUGCAACCAUGGCCCCAAGGACCACGCAAAGCCUAGAGGCAAGGUUCUCGAGAAAACUGGCUUCUACACGCAAUCAAUGUGUGAGCUCAUAGCUUAUGCUUUGAAUCCGAGUCUCAAGCGCAAGGUCAUCCCUGCGAUGCCUGUCAUCCCCUGCACCACUGACAAUGAGCACAGGCAAAAGGAGCAAGAACUUAAGCAUGUUUCCUCCCUUGCCGGUCUUGAAGACCUUGCAGUCGCACUAGAGGGCGAUGAAAAGGCCCAUGAACUUCUCACAGAGAUAGUCGACCUGAACGCCCUAAUAUGCCAAGUCUGCGACCUUCCUAAAUCCCCAUCUAGUGCCCCCGAGGUGAAUGCCUUAGUCACAAAGCUCUUGUCCAGGGCCGAAAUGCUCGCUUCACCGCAAGCGCUAGAAGCAAUUCGCGCCGAAGCAGACGGCCUAAGAGCAGUUCCCGUAUGGGACGAGACAAAUCCUCGGGAGUACCGGGAUGUCCAGUCCGAGGCCCGCCGCACUGGAGCAAAGGUACACUUCGGCAAGCUAAUGAGCAUUGCGUCCAUUAAGUUUUGGGAGCUUGCUCAGCACCUUCAAAAGAUGAAGGGCCGUAUUGUGUACCGCGGCGAUUGCGCUAAGGACGAAGAGGGUGCUGCCGCCGUGUACAGAGAGCUUGGGGCCAACCCUACCUCUGUACAGGGUCUUAAUGCCUGCUUGGCAUAUGGCGCACUACCCGGCAAUCAGUCCUCGGCAGCCGACGCCAUCAAGGCUUACGUUCAGGCACUCCUAAAAUCCAAGUUCCAGACUUGGAUAGAGUUGCCACCAGAACUCCGCCCUACAUGGUGGCGCGAGCGCUUCGUCCGCCCGGUCGUGCUGCUGCUAAGGGCGCUGUACGGACAUCCCGAAGCCGGUGGUCUGUGGGAGAAACAUCUUAAGGAGGUUCUUCAGGGUUUGGGGGGUUACGAGCUCCAAGAGUACCCCGGCAACUUCUGGUUCCCAGAGACUCAAUUGUUGCUUUCAACAUACGUCGACGACCUGACGUUGUCAGGACCACAAGAGCAUCACCAACCCUUCUGGGAGAAGCUCUGUUCCCUCGUUGACGUUGAACCUCCCGAGCCAGUAUAUAGGAUCCUUGGUCGCAAUCAUUAUGUCAUCAACGCACCAGCCGAGAGUUCAGAGAACGCUGCCCUAGGCGCGUUAAAAGGAGCCGUUGUUCUCGACAUGUAUGAUUAUGCGCAACAGACCGUAGAUCUUUACACUGGCAUCACCGGUACAAAGAGCCUCAAAGCCGCCCAAACACCGUUCUGUCCAGAAGGAAGCCUUGUCCCUUCAGACGACGAAGUCACGGGCGAGCUCGCUCCAAAUGCUUGCAAAAUCCUCAUGAAGGCUCUGUGGCUUGGCAGGCUAGCAAGGCCUGACAUCAUCAAGCCCAUAGGAGAUCUGGCAACACGGGUUCAGUCCUGGACGCGUAACAACGACAAGCAACUCCAUCGCUUGAUCUGUUACAUCAAUUCCACCAAAACCCAUCGGUUGGUCGGAACCGUCCAGGACAACCCAGGGGAGCUGCAUCUUGCGCUCUACGUUGAUGCCGAUUUCGCUGGGGAAAAAGUGGAUGCCAAGUCCACUUCAGGGGGGUACCUUGUCCUCAAAGGUCCUAACUCCUUCUUUCCUUUGGCAUGGGUUUGCAAGCGACAGACGUCAACUUCACGAAGCACUACUGAGUCAGAGAUAGUGAGCUUAGCACACUCGCUCUUCUCCGAAGGCCUCCCGGCAUUGCAACUCUGGCAAACCCUCCUGGGCCAGGAUGGCAUAAGGCUUGUCAUCCACGAAGACAACCAAGCCACCAUCAUAGUAGCUAAGAAAGGUUAUUCCCCUAAGCUAAGGCACAUCCAGCGUACCCAUAAGGUCAACCUGGGUAGCAUUGCCGAACAGCUUGACCAGGAAGACGUUGAGCUAACUUACGUUGACACAAAUCUGCAAGCCGCAGAUAUCUUCACCAAAGCUCUUCCUCCUAACAAAUGGGAUAAUGCCCUUAAGCUACUAGGCAUAAGACAAAAGUUGCCAGAGGUCCUUGUCGACAUAAGGGACUUGCACUUGAAGCCUGGGUCUGGCCCAAAGACUCAGCAUGCACAGGGUGCUGCCGCUGGCGCACCAUGUACAUAG